CAAAACAAAAGAAUUUUGUCAUAUCAAAUUCAAGAAGCUGCCUUGAUAUUGAAGGGUUUGUGACCCAAUAUCUUAAAAUUUUCACAAACAAUAUUAAUAUUUAUUAGACAGUCAUGCCGCCGAAAAAUGAUGGAGGUAAGAAGAAGCUUUCUAAGGCAGAGAAAGAAAAAAUGAAGAAGGAAGAGGCAGAAAGAAAAGCUCAGGAAGAAGAAGAGGCUCAAAGAAAAGCAGUGGAGGAAGAGAAGAAACAUAAAGAGAUGGAGAUGUUGCAGGCAGAAGAAAGAAAAAAAAUAGAGAAAGAAGAAAAGAAGCAUCGAAAGGUACAAAUGAAUGAACUAUUUGAGAUAUUGGACGCUAAUAAAAAUGCUCUACAGGAAAUGUCUACAAAGAAACUGAAAGAUAUGAAGUGGGCUAGAUACAUGAAAUGUGAUGGUUCUCCUGACCCCACUGUUCCAGGUGAAAUAAACACUUACAUUAAUUUACGUCUGGAAAAUAUGGACAAAGUUAGUUCGAGUGAGGCACUACAACUGGUAGAACUGGAUAACAAAUUGAUUGAAGAACUUGAUUUCUGGUUAGCUCACCCACAAGAUUUAACAGAAUCAAAUGUAGCUAAUUAUAAGGAAGCCAUUACUGAUUUGCAGAAAUUGAUGAGUACGAAAUUAAAUGAUGUGACACUUGAUAUUUUGUGUAAGGCCACAGAAUUACAAGAUAAUGAAACUUAUAACCUUCAAUACACUGUCAAAUCUGAAAAUAUCUACCUGUGCGUGUGGGGAAAUUUAAGCAAAAAAAGAAUAAAACCGUUUGAAUUUGUGGAAAAGGGCUUCACCUUUGACAUACCAAAAGUUCUUGCACUGACAGACUGUGCCAUCCGUGUGAUGUUCACUAAAUAUGAUCAUCUUUCCUUUAAAAGUAAAGCUUUGUAUCCAAAACAAAAGAAGAAAGUCAUUGAAGAGCCUGAGGAAGCACCAGAACCUAAGGAUGAAGAGGAAGAGACUAAAAAGGAAGAAGGAGAACCAUCCGAAGAAGCAGAAGAUGACUUCGAAGAUCCAUCAACACCUGAACCAGCUGAAUGGGAAGAUUUUGAUGAAGAUGAUGACAUCAUUGAUCUUAGAGCCUACCACAUUGUUGGUGGUGUCAUCUCUUUUGAUUUGAUUGAGCUGCCUCCUCAACCUAAACAAGUUAAUACAUGGACAAUAACUGCACAAAUCAGCCCACAUGAAGUUCGUCACAUACCAUACAUUGCUGAUAACGCCAAUUUAUCACUCAUACAGAAAGAGGUGAAAGAAGGACAGGAAGAGAAGAAAAGAGAAGAACGACCACCUAUUAGUAUUAUUUAUAAGCUGCCUGAAGAUUCCAUGUUUGUAGAUGAACCAUUACCAGGACGCUGGGAUGAAGAUAUUCAACACUGGCGUCAAGAUGGUUUCACAGACGUCAAAUUUGAUGAAGAGAAAAGAAUAGUUCAAUUCAAGACCAGCUAUUUUGGAAAGCUUGCACUCUUUCAAGACGCCCACAUUAACAUGCCUUUCCAGUCCUGGGAAAUUCGCCCCAGGGGGAUAAACAACGCUAUUUUUACUAUAAUUGCUGCUGUUAUUGACAUUCAAAUUGAAAUUAAAGACAAUUUAUGCUGUGUUAUUCAACCAACUGAUAAAAUAGAGCUUCAACCUCUUAUUGAGAAAUGGAUGAAGCCUGAAGAGUUAAUCAAAACUUUAAAACGAACAGGUAUCGACAUCUUCCCCGCUGAAGAUUCCUCCAAAUUUGUCAACGUCCAAAAUAAGGAUACUCUUUUAGAAGAAAGAAUUUAUCAACAAAUUGCACUUACUUCAUCUUCCAUGGCUUAUUCGUGGUCCAAGUGGAAUUCUGAAGCAGAUAAGAGAGCCAUUAUUUAUCUUGGAAGUGAAUCAUUGAAUGAUGAAUCUCUGUUGGAAGAAGAUUGGUCUGUUUUCAAAAGCACAAAAACUAGGGCUAUGAAAUUGAAAGUGAGUGAAAUUAGUGAAAAUUUUUCAGAUGAACUUGCAGAAGAUAUUGAAUUCCAAUCAAAUUUGUAUCAUUUAACAAAGAUCUUUUUGUCAGAUGAAGGCAAAGCCAGAUUAGAGAAAACAGACUUCCAAUAUGUUGAUUGUGUUGAAAAGUUGUUAAUUGCUACUAAAGUUUUAACGUAUGCAUAAAUAUCUGAAUUUGUUUCAAAGUUUUUAAAAUUAUUUGUUAUAUUAAUGUAUAAAUUAUAUUUUUUGUACCCCUUGUGAAAUAACCAGUGGUAGUCAUGUGAAAUAUUAUUUAAAUCAGGC